AUGAAAAAGAUUUUAAUCGUCUUAAUAACUGCAAUUGUCGCAUUAUCAGCUUACGCUGAUGAAAUCAGAUUUUCGGAGGAAUACGAAGAUGACUUGGAACUUUUAGAAUCUUCGUUAAAAGAGUCUGACGACCAUCAAUGCAUGGAAAAGACAAAAAGAGCUUUUUCCUUAUACGACUACUCAGUUGUGAUUGCAAUGCUAGCAGUUUCAUUGAAAAUAGGAGUUUUUUAUGGAUUUUUUCAUAAAUCGUCUUCAAACUCGGAAGACUUCAUGCUGGGAUCCAAAAUGGGCUUGUUUCCAGUCACGCUGAGUCUGACAACAAGCUUUGUGACAGCGAUUGAGCUUCUUGGAAAUCCAGCCGAAAUGUUCUUUCAUGGAACACAAUUUUCACUUAUUGGCAAUUAUCUCAAUGGUUCUCGUUAUUCCGGUUGCCAUCAAGGAGUGCGGUUUGGCAAGGAAAUGAGACUAAUGGGUGGAACUCUUUAUAUCAUUCAAAUGUGCUUUUACACGUCCGUUUCGGUCUUAGCCCCAGCCAUAGCACUUUCGAAAGCAACCGGAUUGAAUACUCGUCUAGCCAUUGUCUUAAUUUAUGUUGUUUGCAUUUUCUACUCAAGCCAAGGUGGUCUCAAAGCGGUUGUUAUUGCUGACACGUUUCAGGCUUGCAUACUCUUCAUUUCACUGAUUUUGAUCGUAUGCUUUGGAACAUUUUAUCAAAAGGGAGGCUUUUCGCAAGUUAUAGAAAUUGCCAAGGAAAACGAGAGACUUGAGUUAUGGAAUUUAGAUACAAAUCCCCAAACAAGACAUUCCGUGUUUUCAGUCAUAAUUGGUGGAUUUUUUUAUUGGACAUCGUUACUUUGUGUUAAUCAAGCGACAGUUCAAAAAGCCAUGUCUCUGAAGAGUUUAUCAAAAGCUAGGAUUGCAUUAGCCUUGUCAAUAUUCGGACUAGUGACCGUGUUUAUUGUCAACUUCUACACUGGACUUUUGGCUUUUGCCAAAUAUGAAAAAUGCGAUCCAUUGAAAUCAGGUCAAAUUGAUGCCAUUGACCAGCUGAUGCCUUUCUUCGUUAUGGAUGUUUUCGGACACAUCAAAUUUAUUGUUGGUAUCUUUGUGGCCGGAAUAUUUGCGGCAAGCUUAGGAACUGUCGCAGCAUGUUUGAGUUCCCUUUCUGCUGUGACUAUGGAAGACAUUCUGAUUACAGGAUUGAAUCUAAAAAUAACACCACAAAAGGGAUCUUCUUAUGCAAAGUGGAUGUCAGUUGGUUAUGGAAUUUUCUCAUUCGGAUUAAUUUUUCUCGUAGAGGGGCGCGGAGUGUUGCAAGCAACACUUACACUUAAUGGUUUGGUUGGGGGAAUUCUCCUUGGAUUAUUUUCACUUGGUAUUUUCUUUAAGAAGGCAAAUGCGAAGGGAGCUUUUUUUGGUGGAAUUAUUGCGAUUGCUUGCGUAACUGUUCUUGGUAUCAUUUCUCAGUUUGUAAACACUGAAACGCCAUUUUUAGAUUCUUCUGUGUCGGGUUGUGGUUGUGCGGUAAAUGUCACUUCAUCAACCAAUUUAGUUGAAGAGCAUGAAUCGAAAGGUUGGCUUCUAAACAUUUUUGGAGUCAGUUACAUGUUUUAUUCAAUGAUUGGAACUUUAUUGACAAUAUUCUUUGGAUUGGUCAUUUCACUGAUAUCGGAUGAACAUGAAAGGGUUGACACUUUGAGAGUAUCGUCAUCACAAGAUUUCCACAAAGAUUUCCAUCUUCAUGAUCGUUUCUCCGUUGCAUCAUUCACACUUGCAACUGGACGUAAAUUGACGUCGUUUAUUCAUCAUGUUGCACAUGAUGUUUCUCAAUCGACAUUGAAAGUUGAAAAUAAAUUGAAGGAAGUCAUUUCACAUUCAAAUUUACAUCAUUUGCACCAUGGCAUCAUUCAUUCCGAUGCUGAAGAACGAAUUAGCAUUUUAAAUGAAGAGAAUGGAGAGGAAGAUGAAUGUGUAAGUUUAUUAAAGUCGAGACCAGACAAAAUGUUCUUUAUCGGACAUGACGAUGAUGAAAAAAUUGAUUGA